UUUGCAUUUCGCCAGCAUGCAGGCCGCCGGCGGACAGCCAGCUAGGCGUCUACACCGCAAGCUCAGGCUUGGCGAUAGUCCAUCUGCCCGCAGGCCUGACAACGCAAACAAUCGCAUGGGUGUGGAGGGCGGGGAGGCCGCUGCUGCGCCGAAACGUAAGGCUGAGGCAGAGGUUGUGAGGAUGGAGGUGGCCGUUGACAAAAUUCACAUGCAUCACACCGACGGUGAGGGCGAAUCGGUGGAAAAAUCCAUCUGUGGGGCAUGGGCGACGAUGGAUGUGUGUGUGCAGCCGACGGCGGUGGCGAGGUUGGAGGCGACAACUUCGACACAUCCAUCGCCGCGCGUCUCAAGAGGCGCAGAGCCAUCUCCGACCACGUCGCCAAGAGUGCCGCCAAGGAGAAGGCCAAGCAGGAGCCCACGCCAGGUGACCACACAGAAUGGUGCAGUGACAUCUUCGGGAUACAUGUUUGCUCUCUUUGGUUUGAUUGAUGUGUUAGAGUUGCCGCAGCGGACUGAGGCGGACCGUCGACCCGCCGGCAAUCCACAGUACGCCAGUAAUCCCACGUGGGAUGCCGCUGCGGGCCCCAGCGAGGGUAAGACGACGAUCAAAGUGGCCCACUACCAGUCCGAGGUCCCAAACUGCACGUACCACGUGGGCCGGCACUCCUGGGUGGCGCGGCCGCCCGUAAUCAACGGCAAACGACCAGCGGGGAGCAAGGCGUUCAGCAUCGACAAACUCGGGGAGCAGGCGGCCAGGGUUCGCGUGAGGGAGGGGAGAGAAAGGAGGGUGCGCAGAUGUGUGCAUCUGGUUCAGGAUGGGGCGGAGGACUACACACGGCAGCUCGAGCUCAAGCACCGCCAGACAGCACCACAGAAUGGCGGCAGGCCUGGCAUGCGGCGGGCAACACAGGAUGGUGGCCCCGUGUGUCACACGCCUGGGGUGACGUGGGAGCGCAACAAGAAGAUUUGGCGCGUCACAUGGCAACAGAACGGCUCUCAACGGGAGGUGACCGUCAACCCCCGCCACCACGGCAACAGCGUCGAGCAGGCGAUGAACCACGCGAUCUCAACACGGGCGGAGAAGGUGAGCUGACGCAGGGAGAUUUGUGGUGUGAGGGCGAUGGACAUGUGUGUGUGCAUAUCAGGAGAGGACGUAUGAAUUCCACGAGUAACCGGUACAUAACCGGUCCAAGUGAUCCCACAACCCAACAACGGAGACACACUCGGUCGACCACCAAACACACACAGACCAGACCCCAGUCCGUCCCGCACAGAGACAGACCAGUGCUAUCGAAGGCCGUGUUGUAUGUCCGCCUGCCUGCA